AUGGCGUCCCCAUGCCGUAUCGUGGUGAUGGCCAGUGGCAAUGGCUCCAACUUCCAAGCACUCAUUGAUGCUGUUCACUCCGGCUCCAUUCUUCACACCCAGAUCGUCAAGCUCUUUGUAAACAAGAAGACGGCAUUUGCGAUACAACGAGCCGAGAAGGUGGGAAUACCCACCGAGUACUUCAACAUGGUCAAGGAGGGUUUCGUCGUGGCAGGCGAGAAGGACGCAGAAAAGGUCAAGGAUGGACGUGCGCGGUACGAUGCGGCGCUGGCGCAAAGGGUACUCGAGGCGAAGCCGGAUCUGGUGGUCCUUGCUGGCUGGAUGCACAUCUUCAGUGUGCCAUUCCUGCGGCCUUUGGAGGAGGCGGGCGUCAAAGUUAUCAACCUCCACCCUGCACUGCCUGGAAAGUAUGAUGGCGCAGGCGCCAUUGAGCGACAGUACCAGGACUUCAAGGAUGGCAAGCUGGAGAAUAACAGGGCGGGUCUCAUGAUUCACUAUGUCAUCGCCGAGGUCGACCGUGGUAGUCCUAUCCUGACGCAGGAGGUCGAGUGCCGGGAGGGCGACGAGCUGAAGGAUCUGGAGGAGAGGAUACAUGCUGCAGAGCAUGAACUCAUCGUCAAGGCGACCGCAAAAGUUGUGGGUGAGAUCCUGGCAAGGAAGAAUCUGUGA